UUUUGAUAUAUUUUUUUCUUCAUGUAAACACAUAUUUUGAUCGAAUUCGCUCAUAGUUUUAAUGAAAAUAAUACAACAAAAGGUGAAAUUAGGUGUAAUUUUGGCAUAAAAAUAAAGAAAUGGCAAAGAAACGGGACUUGUUUAAACUACCGGCCGGACCGACUGAAAUUUGUUUUGACAAAAAUGAAUUUAUGAAGAAAACAUUUUCGGUGGACGAAUUUCUGCAAGAACAUCGAAAUGCAGCCACUUUGGAAACGAUGCGAGACGAUUUGGGUCUUUAUCUCAAAGUAUUGCGAUCGGCAAUGAUUGAGCUGAUCAAUGAAGAUUACACGGAUUUUGUAAAUUUAUCGUCGAAUCUAGUGGGUUUGGAUCAAUCGAUCCAAGGUAUCCAAACACCGAUGAACGUAAUAAAAGAUGAAAUUGUUUCAGUGCGAACCACUCUUGAGAAUACAAUGCAAGAGGUAAAUGAAUGUCUGGAUCAGAAACAACAAUUGCGCGAACACCUGAAGAGUGUUCAAAGUUUAAGCAAUGCCAAGAAAUCGAUGAGUAAAUUGGAGAAACUUCUUGCCGAACAGCUGAACGAUGACAACAAUUUGAAUCCAAUGUUACUGGAACGAGCAGCCAUGGAAUUGGUUAAUUUAAAAUACAAUUUGCAAUUUUGCCAUCAACAUUUGGGUCGUUUGGACAAUCCAAAGGGCUUAGAUCAAUUUGACAAAACGCGCAAUAAUCUAUUGACGAAAGUUGAAACGCAUUUUUUGCGAGUACUUGACGAUAAGAAAAUCGACCAAAUUGAACGAUGCCUUCGAGUGUACUGUACAUUGGGCGAAUACAAUUCGGCUGAGGAAAUUUUUCGAAAAAAAGUUGUCGGUCCGUACAUGCAUCCAAUUAUAUCGGAAGUGUCAUUACAAAAUGCUCCACAAGGUCUUAGUGGCAUUUAUAACCAAAUCGUUCAAUUUCUCAAUGAUCGAAUGCGUCAAUUACUACUGCUUACACAGCCAAACGAUAGCGGUGCAGCGACGGUGCACGGCUUUGACUUUAUCAUUAAUAGUUUUUGGACAGAAGUGGAAAGACGCAUUGAAACACACAUGACAUCGAUAUUUGCGCCGGGAAAUCCAGAUUUAUUUUACCAAAAAUAUGAGCACACCAUAGCAUUUUUGGAGAAAAUUGAGAACGUCAUCAAAAGCCGCAAACAAAUCGAUCAAUUCCAUAACAACGAACAAUACAAGCAAUUCCAAAGCAAGUGGAAUUUACCCGUUUAUUUUCAGAUUCGUUUCCAAGAAAUUGGCGGUGCAUUAGAGUCAGCUUGCAGUGAGCCGAUUAAUGAAAAUAUAAUUGCUGUAUCUUCGUCAGAGUGUGAUUUUAGUUUGAAGCCAUUCGUCAAAGGUGAUGCAUGCAUAAAAAAAUGCUGGACAACUGGUGUUUACUUGCCUCAAUUGUUUGUACGUUUUUUCAAAUUUACACUGCAAAUUCUGUCGCGACUGAGUAAAUGGUCUGAAGAAGCUAUUGCAAUAAAAAACGUACCAUCUUUGGAUCGUAUGGAUUUCAUGACGAUGAUUUAUUUAGAUGUAACCACAUUGAUUGGAAAGAUAUCGAAUAUAUUUGAUUGCAUCGUGGAAAACGUUCCAACCAAUAUGAAUACCAAAUUGAGCUUGAUAGAAAAAUGCUGCGAUGAGUCGAGGGCUAUGUUGACAGAGCGUUUGAAACUAAUUGAACAAGAAUGGAGCAGCGAAAUCAUAGCACAAACAUCUGGCUGGACUAAACAAGUUGGAGACAUUCCAAGACUUUAUCGGAAAACAAAUCGAGAAGCACCGACAAAACCAUGCAAUUACGUCGAACAAAUUCUCAAGCCAGCCAAAUCAUUUUACACAAAAAACUCUGCACGAAUUGCAUCAGAUACAAUAAAGAAAUGCAUGAUUUUAUCAUUUUCACAUUUGAAUCGACAGUAUUUCUCGGCCGUGAGCGAUGUGCUGACUUCAGUACAAAGAACCGAAGAAUCAUUGCGAAGGCUUAAAAAUCUACGUGAAAAGUCGGGAUCCACGCAACAGGGUAGUAGUUCGGCAUCAUCGGGAAUGUCUGAUGACGAUAAAAUUCGAUUACAAUUGCAUGUGGACAUUUGUGCUUGGUGUGAUGAAAUUGAAAAACUUCAAAUUGAUCGAAAGUCGGUGGAUAAACUUAUUGAAUUAAUUCAACUAGUUGAGGAGUCUACAAAAAUCAAAGUGGCUGACAAAUAAGUGGCCUCAAACAAAAAUUCAGUAAAAAUAUGUAUUUCGUUUCUGUUAUCAAUUAAUUAAGAAUUUAACAUAUUAAAUAUUAUAAUAAUGUACAA